AUCUGAUCUGAAUGUUGCUGAUCUGAUCUGAAUCUUUCUGAUCUGAUCUGAAUGUUUCUGAUCUGAUCUGAUCUGAUCUGAAUAAAAUAAGAUUAAGGAAUAAGUAAUAAGAUUAAGAUGAACGGAACAGCUUCUUAGAGUGUUACAUUUUGCCCGCUCAAAGGAUUUAUCUUUAAAUGCUACUAGUGACUAUCAAUGUCAUUGUUGCAAUCAUCAGUGUUACUACUGACUAUCAAUGUCAUUGUUGCAAUCAUCAGUGUUCUCACGGGUGUCACUGAAGUGGUGAAACAUGUUUUAUUAGUCAGAAUUUUUUUCCAAUAAUUUUGUACAAUGAAUAUUAAAAAAUUGAAAAAUAAAAAAUAGUUUUUUUGACAUCUUUUCUGAUGGGCGAAUGCUAUCGUAGCAGUAGUGGUUUCGAGAAUUUGGGAAAGUGUUGUCCAUAGGGUUGGACCGGUUCCGGGUUGGGUACUGGGCUGGGCUUGACCAGGCUUUUAGAUACGGAAUGUUAGAUACUUAGAAAGUUCGUUAAUCGAGAUUUGAUCAGUAACAUGAGCUGAUUUACUUUUUUUUUUCAUAAGAUUGUCAAAUGCAGAUUUGAAAAUUGAUUUUUGUUUAGAAAGAGAUGUUCGUGUUGGGGUGGCGGUGCAUUAAUGAAUUUUAUUGUGCAUAAAAUUCAUUGAAUAAUUGAUGAAAUAAAUUACUAACAUUGUUGUAUUCUAGUUUAGGGUAUAUGGCUUAUCGUCGUACAUUGAAAAUUGACCAAAAAAAGAACCAUAAUCGUAAUCUAAACAAUUUCCCAAAGAAGCAAGUCUAAAAUGAGAAUCAAGAAUAAAUGCAAUAUCAUAUGUGCUUGGCCUUAAGAUGCCUUGCGAGGCUCCUGUAUCCGUUGGAAAUUCUCAAGCUAUACUCUUUUUUGCCAUAGUUGCAACUUACGCAUCAUUUCUCUUUGUAAAAUUAGUCUUUUGCCUUUGUAAAAUUAUUUUCUAUAAUAAGAGAUUUAGCUUUCUUACCGAUUUGGGAUGAACCACCCUCGACCUCCAACUCUUGCUCAUCGUCCGGGGUGUCGUGACCCUCGUCCCCGGCGGUCGCCUUCUCGUCCUCCUCCGCAUCCUCAUUAUCGAGCUCUUCUUCGUCAAUAUAAUGGUCUUCGGGAUGUCUUGUUGGUUGAAAAAGCACCCAUUAUGUUGGGAUAAUAGUUGUUGCAGUUGCUCGUCGGACAUCGCAUCUGCAUCUCUCUGUUGGUAAUUCGGAAACCCAUGAUGUUUUAGGAUUGGGAGGCACCCGUAGCCCAAACAGAAUAAUAUAAAUUGUUAAUUUACUAAUGAAAAGAAUAAAAAGUCUUAAAGGCUAAAAGGAUGUGAGAGAUGUGCUUUUAUGGAUUCAACCACAAAUGUGUUUACUUACAACCAACACUAUUUAAACAUUAAAGCUAGAUUUAUAUUCUUUUUUAAAACGUGUCUAGCUCCACUUUUUAGUUAUGUUUUAAAAUUCUCAAAUUGUCAACAAAAAUUACAUAUUAGGCCUAAUAAAUUAAUUGAAAUUAUAAAUAAAAUAAAAAAGCAAAGAAGCCUACACAGAUUACAUAUAAACAAAAAAAGUUGGCCUAGGGUGGUCCUGCCCCCUAGAACUGCCCCUGAUCCCAUGAAUGGUUUCAGAAAUAUGAAGAACAUUGCAAUCUAUCCCAUUUGAGAACGAGACCAAUUGUGAGACAAGAGUUCAGGGAAUGAACUUUUUCACAAAGAAACCUUUUUUCGAAUCAAGCUUGAUAGCAGAAGAUAUUCCCUGUUUCAUCUUAGAUAUGCAUGAAUUGCUACAAAAAAAAACAUGAACAGAAAGGAUUUACUUCCUAUUAAAAUGUUAAACCCAUUGGACAAAAAAAACGGAACUAGCAGACUCAUUUUUUACUUGUGGCAUGUGAUUCUCUUGAUGCAAAUUCAACUUGUAAGCACCAUCUUUUGUGUUAGGAGGGUCCAAGCGGCACUGAUAUUUGACCGGACGUUCCUUAGAGAUGAUGUCCCCGCAGCCACUGAAGGGUAAGUCUUCCAGCCGACGCAAUUGGUCGUCCUCUUCGCCUCAAGUUUUUCUGACUCCGUCUGAUGUAAUCUCGUCAGCAGUGAGGGUCCCCGGAUGCAAAAUCCUCUUUGUCGCUGGGUCUAGCAUCGAGCUGCUGGAGUUGUCCGCCAUUAGUCUGGUGCAAGCAUCCUCAUCAGUUCAAUCAAUAUGGCACGGAAAAUAAACCCAAUUGAAGAGAUCAAUGACACCAAAGAGACAUGGAAGGUUGCAGUACGGGUUAUAUCACUAUGUUCUGUGCAGUCUCCUUCGAAGUUCAUUGAAAUGAUUUUAAUGGAUGCAAAGGGACAUAAGAUUCAGGCGAUUGCAAGAAAUGCUGAGGUGGUAACGUGCAAGUCGAAGAUCAAAGAAAAGGAAACAUAUGUGAUGCAAAACUUCAGUAUACUGUGCAAUGAUGGACAGUUUAAGGCAUGUGAUCACCCAUUCAAGCUCCAAUUUACAGGUGGUACAAGUGUGAAACAUCAAGAACUGCCUGACAUUCCUAGAGAUUACUAUACCUUUAAAAAGUUCAGUGAUAUUUUAAGUGGUAAUCUCCGUACUGAUGUUUUGGUUGAUAUAAUUGGAGCUUUCUGUGAAAUUGUGCGUUCUGACAUCAGUUCUCCGCUGAAAAAAGUAUCAUUUUUGAUGAAAGAUCUAAGUGGUGAUAUAAUGACAUGUACUUUAUGGGAAGAUUAUGCUUCAAAGUUCUUGGAGUUACAUGACAAGCAUAAAUCUGAGUUAAUUGUUGUCAUAUUGACGCAAGCGAAAAUCAAAGAACCAGAAGGAAUACAUCCCACAUACAUCCAAAAUAGUAAGUACAGAUCCAAGUUGCUUAUUAAUGAGGACAUUGUGGACAUUCAGAAAUUCAAAGACAGCUAUUGCUCGGGACAAGUGAGUGAAGCACCCAGUCAAAGUCACAAUCAAAUUUCAAAUUCCAAGUUCACAGAGCAAGACAAGCUGAUAUAUCGAGCCAGUGUUAUGAGUAUUUCAGAUAUCAAUUGCCUUACAGAGGAAACUACAUGUGUCACGGUCGGCACAAUUGUGAAGUUUAUAGUUGGAAAAAGUGGGUGGAGCUAUGAGGCUUGCUCUGGGUGCACUAAAAAAGCUGAGGCGCACAGUAAUUCCUUCACAUGCAAAUGUGAAGGAAUUCAAUGACAAGUCUAUUCUAAGGUAUAGAUUAGAAGUCAUGGUCUAUAAUAAAAAAGACUGCACUAAAUUUGUGUUGUGGGAUCAAGAGUGUAUCCAGAUCAUCAGGAAGACAGCCAAUGAGCUUAAAAUUGAAAUGCUGCAAG